AUGUAAAUCAAUAUUGUAUAGUGGGAAUAAAGCAAUGCUUUAACUCUUCAAGAAUAAGCUAUUAUUGAUUAAAUAGAAAAUUUGCAGCAAAAGGCAUCUUUAGAGAAAGAUAAACCCACUAAUUUUAAAUUUUAUAAGAAACACGACAAGAAAAAUGACGACUUUUUUCGAUUAGAAAUAAUAUAAGGUUAAUAUUAAUAGAAAUUAUCCUCCCUUUAAAGCAUAACAAAGAAUUUAGAGAUAAUAUGUGAUUAGUUGAAGAAAUUGAAUGAUGACAAAGACAAGAUUGUAUAGAAAAUUAGUUAAUUUCAUCAAGAAGCCAAUAUUCAUAUAAAUAAAUAAAAAGAAUUAUUAGAAUAUCAAUUUCAAAUACAAGAAAACAUACAAUAUUACUACAAUAUUUAGAAAAUUUCAAGGGACUUAGAGAGUGAUGAUAGAAAGGAAAUUAAUUAUUAAGUAUUAAUUAGUGAAAUUCAAGAAGGCAUAAUUUUCUUUUCCUCAAAACCUAAUUACUACCAGAGCGACAAAUGCAUCAUACAAUAUUAAUAAUUGAAGAAAAGGUUAUUAGGUACUUGCAAAAGCUCCUUAAUGAAACUUUUAAAUAAAGAAUCGUAAUUUAUCAAUUAAAAGUUUUCCCAAUUGAAAGACUUAGUUUGUGUGUUUUAUCCUCCAAGGUUCUUUGGUUAUUCUGAAUUUAAUGAGGAGGAGAAUGAUAUCCUUUAACCAAACCCAUUAAAACUAUAAUUUUUAUAGAUCAUUUUCCCAUAAUUGAUCCCUUAAUUGAAAUUGAAGGAUGUUUAACAGAAAAACAAUUAUUAGUACGAAGAUGAAUUUUUGAAAUUCAGCAUAACAGAAUAAAUGAAAGAUCUUUUUCUUUACAUCGAGUCUCAAAUUUAAGGGGAUUAGGACCUUUAUUCUUUGUAUAAUGAUGUCUUUUUAUAGUACAACUUUUACAAUAGAUUAAAUUUACAUCAAUAAAUAAAUGAAUUAAUUAAUAAAUAAUCCAAUAAUCUCAAUUAAACAGGUUAGAUUCUCUAUAAAAUUAAUCAAAGUCUAAUUUAAUAAAAAUUAGUUAGUAAAUAGCACCUAUAGAAAUAAUAAGAAAUACUUUUAUUUGAAGCAUUAUGUGGGAUAAUAUUUGAAACUACUGUAAUUGAAGCAUUUUAUUCAAGAAUAUUUUUCAGAUUAAAUUUAAGAAUCGUUAAGGAGAACGAUAAAUAACAUUUAUCAAGAAUACUUGAUAACUAUUAUUAAACAGUAAGAAUGUUUUUGUAGAAAAUCUAUAAUUUAGAUUAAUUAGUCAUGAUUAGUGAAUCAUUAUAAUAAUUGAAAAAUCACACUGCAAAAGUAUUUUAGAAAAUAAAAGAGAACUCAUUAGAUGAAAAAGAUUAUUUAUUCCCAAUAUUUCAAAUAAUCUCAUAAGGAAAAGAUCAAUCAUAAAUUGUAGAAUGCUUUUAGAAUUACUUAAAUAUUUUUACAAACUUAUUUUUAGAGAAAAUUAAUUUAGAUAUUAUUCACAAAUCAAUAUAAUCAUCAUAGGUUCAAAUUCAAUAGAAAAUAUAUUAAUAUUCUCCAAAAGAUUACAUAAGACAAAAGUAAAAAUUAACAAUUCAUAAAUUCUUAAAAACUUAACCAAUUCCAAAAGGAUACGAGAUUUAAAGAAGUGAUCUUUAUCCCGCAGUGAUAUUCGGUUUAGAUCUCAUAACUAAAAUGCAAAGAUCAGUAGAUUAAGUUAUUUUUAGAUAAUUAGCUGGAGAAACGCUUAGAGAAAUCAAUUCUCAAUUGAAGCUAGUAGCAGAACAAUUUGACGUAAAAUUUGAUAGUUACAUUUUUUACUUAAAGAAUAUCAUCUAUUUAUGUGAUGGUUUGGCAUAAUAAGGUGGAGACUAUAUAGUAAAAGAAAGUGAACUUGAUUUUAGUGAAACAAAGGCAGUUUUACUUUAAUUAAUUACAGGAUAAUUAAGGCCAGAAAUUUAGUGGGUUGAAUUAACAUCACCUGAAAAAUUAUGGACUUACAUUACUAAUUUCUUUUAAUUUGUCUAUAAAGGGAUGCCUAAAAUAAAUUAAUAUGAAGUUGAUUGGAAGAAUAAUCUUAUGAAUCAAAAGAAUUUGAUGCUCUUUUAAUUUGUUAAAGACAUGACUUUUAUAGUUGCGAAAACUUUAAUUUAAUACAUUAGAAAUUAUUAAUAUUUAUAGCAUAAAUUAGUAGAAGAAAAGGAUGAAUAGAAAUUAGGAUAAGCAGAAAAGGAUUUCAAUUUACUAAUAUCGCAAAGUUAAAUUAAAAGGUCUUAUUCGCUAUUUUAUGAAAACAUAAUUGAUUUCAUUUAGGAGAUAAAUCUUAAGCUGAAUAACUAUCUAGAAAAAAGCACUUUUGAUUAGAUAUAAAUUUACAUUACAGAAAUUAUCUAGAAUUCCUUAUCGUUGCUAAGUUAAUUUUAUAUCAUCGUCUCUAAACAUUAUGGAGGAGAGGAAUAUGAAAAUUUUUAAUUUAAUUCUUCGGAAGAGAUAAUAAAAUAUAUAAAAAUUGAAUAUUUUGAUUGA